AGAAGAAAACAUUGUCCAGUUGUCGGUCGCAUCGUUGUCGCUUCGCUAUCCUCUGCCAUUUGAAAUAGUUUUCCUUCGUUGUAGAUUAUCGGAUAUAUUCGCAAAUUUUCUUCAUUUACUCAUAGUUUAUUAUGGUAAGAGUUGUUUCGUAGAUUGUUUCUCUGGUUCGCGUUACAAUUCCCCGGUUUUGUGUUAACUAUUGUCCCCAAGUUUUGUUAGACAAAGUGUUUGAUCGUUUCCACUGAAGUGUUAUCAGUGCGGUGAUUUGAAUUAAAAAGUUUUUGUAGUGUUAUCUCGUUAAAUUUAAAAUUCUCAAUAAUGUCUGAUGAAUGGGAAGUUGUAAGCAAGCAGAAGAAACCUCGUAAGCCGGCCGGAAACAAAAAUAAAGCGUCCGCUGCCGAAAAAGCCGGAACAUCCAAAAUAGCCGACGCGGAUACAAUGGAUCAGAUUCGGUCAUUGUACGCCAAUGUGAAGGACAACCUAUUAAUCGAUCAGGGCAACAAGGAGAAUAAAAACAGUCAAAAUGUGGCGAAUGGAAGGCAUCAAAGUCAGCAACAGCAGGAUCGGAAACGAUCACCCGCACGUGGUCAACAGCAAAACAAAGCCAAACAUAAGCAAGAAACGGAUAAGAAACAACCUGCAAAGCCCAAGUACAAGGAUCUGGGGGCCGCGUUGAAAACAGUGAGCGUUAGUGACCUCCGCGCGCACUUAUGGGCUGUGAAUGAAAACUUCAAAGACAAUCACUUGAUGUCAUUGAAAGCGAUUACGACGUUUUUGAAUGAAUCCCUUCGCGUAGAUGUCGCUGACCCUACCUUUGCCAACAAGACUCUCUCCUAUCCAUAUGAUGUGCUUCCUCAGGAUCUGAAAGAAUUAGUUGAUGACACGAUUGCCAAAGCAGGUGAUCAGAAUGUGCAAUACUUUUACGAUCUGACGCUGUCCAAUCUGACUGGUGAUAUGAACAAAAAUUUGCCGCAUCUGGGCCAUACGUUACUCCUUCAGGCAAUGGCCAUCAACAAUCCGCAAAUUUGCGUCAACAAUCUGGCCAGGAAUGCCAUCCUGAGGAACUCGUUUCAAAACCGGAGUAGCAUCGGGCUCAGCUUGCUGUGGGCUCUCGGGCAAGGGGGCUACCACGAUCCCAGCGUGGGACUCAAAGUUUGGCAGGACAUCAUGGUCCCGGUGAUCGAGCUUAAAACGUACAGCAAAUACGUCCACGAGUAUGUUCAUAAAAUUCUACAUCAGAACUCGACUGCCAAACUCGACAUUUCAUCCAGCGAUUUCCUGACCAUACUGAGCUCGUUGACAACGCAAAGCAAACCCAAUCGUGAAUUAUCCGUACUGCUUGAUCAAGCAUCGAAACUGUUGGUAAAACGAUACGUCCUCAGUGCCCCGAAGACCCCAGUCACCUUUACGACGCUGUUCAAAAACUUCCAGUUCAUCGCGAAACCGGACCUGAUCUAUUUCGGACUGAUAUUGUGCCUCAACGAAGACCCCGAAUGCUGGGCGGCCUGGCGAGGUCUUUAUAGGAAAAACAUCCAACAAACCGCAGAUCUGUUAAGUUUUAUUGAUAAUUCUUCUUCUAAAUCAGCGAACAAGCUGUUGAGUGAUAGACUUUUUCAUCAAUUUUUGGAUGAUAUUCAGCUAAUAAAUGCAGAGCUUGGAGAGAGCAAGAAGAAAGUGGAAGGACUAGUAGCUUCAACUGCUGUAUUACAGCAAGUGCAAAACAAUGUCACCUCCAAAAAGAACAAAGCCGCCAAGUCUGUCAAAACGCAGCGAACGAGCGCAACCACAGUGUGCUGUAGUUUCCUGCUGGCCACAUUCCUGCUGUUCGGUCUAACCGGUGGCCUCAUUGGCUUUGACACCUACCAGGCUGGUGGUAAUUUCGAGAAAUCCCACACCGGACAGCUGCUGAAGCAGGCUGGCCUGCUUCCGGCGGUGCAGGACGCGUGGACAUGUACGCUGAAGUACAGUGCGCGAGGCUACAAGUGGUCCGAGGAGCACGUUCCCGUCUACUACGGGCAGGCGAAAAAGACCGUUGGACCCUACGUAGAAUUUUCGAUAGACUUCAGCAAAGUUCUAUGGAAUGGGGCCAAGAAGGGCUUUGGCAACGUGAAACUGCUAGUUGAGCAGAAAACUCCAGUGGUGGCGGAAUUUGUCGAGCAGUACGCCCCAGGGCUACCGAAGAAGGUUGGUGACUUUGCUUGCUCGACGUGGACCACCGUCAGCACGUUUACGGUCAAAACCUACAACCAGAGCUGCGAGUUCUUCAAAACUAAGGUGUUUGUUGGUCAACUAUCGCCGGAAAACUUGGGAAAAGCCUUCAACAGUACCCAACAGGCUGCUGCUCAGUACUAUAGCUGGUUCCACGAAAAGGUGGAUUUCUACGCCAAGGUCAAGUAAGCCCCAGCGCACUCGGUGCCCACCAGCGUUUCGUGUAAGUCAAGAUCAUCAUGUUUCGGACGGAGACCUGGGAGUGUACACACAGAACAUGGUGACAAGUGAGAAAAGUAAUACGUUUUAGCAAAAAAAAAACCAACAUCGGAAAAUGCCCUAUCCAUCCAACAAAAGCCGACUGUCGCAAUGUUGUUGCCCGCCGUCUUUCGCAGCCCUACAAAAUGCUACGCUCAGUCGCACCAUUAAUCUGUAUUUUGCGCGCUUCACUAACAACAUGGCCACAUCAUCGUUGCGCGUCACACUGAAAUCCCACUCGGUAGUAAUGCAUGGAAAAAUUUUGGAAGCAUAACGUGGAUGAUAGCGAGUUUUAAAUGCUAUAAAUUUUCGCAUAAAAUGGGCUAGUGGUGUGUAAUAUGUUUAUUGGCAAUGACUUUAUUCUUCGUUCUGAUUCAUUAAUGUUUUCUAUUCACGGACCAAUAUCAAAAACAGGUAGGGGAUGCCAUUCUCUACAUGGAACCUAAUAUGGAACGGUGAGAAAAGUCCUUUCUUUACAAAUCGUUUUUUUUCUUCUUUAUUAAAGAGGCUUUCAGCCCUUCGGUGGUUCACCUCUGGUUGUUUACAAAUCGUUUAUACGCCAAUAACCCAUGUUACGCGAGAUAAAGAUUAAGAAAUACUAUGAUUGAAUACCUAACUGUAACAUGUGUGAAUGGUAAAGAAAAAGAUUGAUUAUAGAACAAAUAGUGUUUAUAUUAUUUUUUGUUUUUCAUGAGGUAAUGAUUCUCGUUUCGUUUUUUUCUUAAUCGUAAUUUGUAUGAAAGGGAUAUCGCAUUGUUCCCGAUCUUCCGAACAGGAACGAUGGCAAUAAUGUGUGAUGUUACUAAAUGUAAGCAGGAUAGAACCGGGAUGCCUACAUUGGUGGAUAUUUGUGUAGCAGUGAAUUAUAAAUUAAAACAAGGGACGGAGAAAUAACCGUAUUGGAGUUUUUUUUGGCGAAUGUAGAAAAAGAAGGCAAAGGACAAAUAAAACUAAACAAUAUUCAAGAAAGCAACAAAGUGAGCAUUUUCUGUAAAAACAGUGGAGAUCGUUUAAGUAAAUCUGAUAGACUCUUUUUUUAAAUAAUAUUUUACUAAUUUAAUUUUUUGUUUAAUGCUAAGUCUCCAGUAACUGUUUAAUGAUGAUGAAGAAAAUAUAGAAAUGAUUCUAAAUUAAGCAUUUUGGUUGAGGCGAUA